AAUGACCAGAAUAAAAACAGCAACGGCAGACUAAAGGGAAAAAAAGUGCAAUGAUCCAUAGAAGCAAGCGUCUUCGUCCUUUCUUAAUUACGUAGCGUCCACUGUCUUUCAACUUGUGUUUUCCUUUUUCUUUUUUUUUUUUCCCUUUGAAAACUGGUGAGAGGUAAUUAGCGAGCUGAGGAUAAAACCAGCUGGUUGUAACAGGUCUGGGGCAUUUAGUAACAAGAUGGCAAGCAGAAAGGCAGCGUCCAUCCUUCAUGGAUUCCUACUGUUGGCUCUGUACCGGCCCACACUGCAAGGAGGUGUCUACAUUCCUCCUGGCGCUGGAACUCUGUAUCCAGGAGGCUUGGGGGUACCAGGUUAUAAACCAGCAAAAACUCCAGGUGGUUUGGGAACAGGAGGGGUUGCCGGAGUCGGUGGACUCGGUGGACUCGGUGGACUCGGUGGUGUCGGUGGCAUUGGUGGUGCUGGCAUUGCAGGGGGUAUACCUGGAAUAGGGACAGGGCUUGGAGUAGGUGCUGGAGGAAAACCCCCAAAACCGGUAAUUCCUGGUGGAGUUGGUGGAGUUGGUGGAGUUGGCGGAGUUGGCGGAGUUGGUGGAGUUGGCGGAGUUGGUGGAGUUGGCGGAGUUGGUGGAGUUGGUGGAAUAGCUGGUACUGGAGGUUUAUACAAGCCAGGCAAAACAGGUUUUGGCCAGGGAAUUGGUGGACUCUAUCCAGGAGGUGUUGGCACAGGGAUUGGUGGCACUGGGAUCGGUGGUACUGGAGCACUCGGUGGACUUAAACCCCCUAAAGUGGGGCAAGUACCUGGUGUUGGUGUAGGAACAGGAGGACAGCCUGGCGUGUCCCCAGGAUCUGUAAUUCCACAGACAGGAGUCAGACCAGGAGUUGGGGCCAAACCAGGAAAAAUACCAGGUGUUGGCAUCCCUGGCCUCUAUCCUGGAGGCAUCAUUCCUGGGGGCCCAGGUGUUGCACAUCAAGGAACUGGAGUUGUACCUGGGGUUCCUACUGGAACUGGAGUCAAGCCUAAACCAGGUGCUGGAGGUCCAUAUUCAGUGUUUGGUGGAUUUGGAGGUGGACAGCUGCCAGGAGUUCCCUUUGGGUACCCCAUCAAAGCGCCCAAGCAACAAGGAGUCUUCGGUGGCCCAUAUGGUGGACAAUACCCAUUUGGUUAUGGUGGGCUUGGAGCUGGAGGAAAACCUGGGUAUCCCACUGCUACAGGUGUUGGACUUCAAGCAGCUGCUGCAGCUGCGGCAGCAGCGCAAGCUAAAGCAGCAGCAAAAGCUGCUAAAUAUGGUCUCUACCCUGGUGCCGGGGGCAUUCCUGGUACCUUUCCUGGCACUGGAGGCAUUCCUGGCACUGGAGGUAUUCCUGGCACCUUUCCUGGCACUGGAGGCAUUCCUGGCAUCAUCCCUGGAACUGGAGGUGUCCCUGGUGUUUAUCCUGGACAAGGAAUUCCUCAGAUUGGUGCCAAGCCUCCUAAAUAUGGAGCUGGCCUAAUCCCUGGAGCAGGAACAGGUGUUGUGCCAGGAGCGGGCAUUGGAACAGGAACAGGUGUUCCUGGAAAAGGAACUGUACCAGGAGCAGGUUUACUUCCCGUGACAGGAAUUCUACCAGGAACUGGUGUACUUCCCGGGACAGGAGUUGUGCCAGGAGCAGGUGUUCCUGGAAAAGGAAUUGUGCCUGGAGCAGGUGUACUUCCUGGGACAGGAGUUGUGCCAGGACAAGGCACUCCUGUGGUAACAGGAGCAGGAACCCCAACUGGAGUGGGCCAGGUCCCAGCCAGGCGGCCAACAGUAACACCUGGAGGAACACAAAUGCCAGGGACAGUGAUUGGUCAUACUGGUGUUGGUGGUACAGGUCAGCCAGUGGCAGGUGUGGCUUCAGCUAAAGCUCAGAAGCAAGCAGGUACCUAUCCAUAUGGCCAGCAACUUGGACAAGGUGUCGUGGGGGUUGGAGCACAGCCUGGAACAGGUGUAAUUGGCAUAGGAGCACAGCCAGGAACAGGUGUGAGAUAUCCAACUGGACUUGGUAGCAAGGCAUACAAACCAGGUUAUGGAAGUUUGGCAGGUCAAGGUGGUGUACCAUCAUAUGGUGGCUAUCCUCAGGCGUAUCCAGGAUAUGGCUACAUUCCAGGACAACUUGGCCAGCAACUAGCAAAACCCUCAAAGCAAUAUAAGGCUUUGGCCAUGCUAGGAGGAUACAGAGGAGGUGCAGGCUGUCCUCAAGGACAAUACUGUGGAAGAAAAAGAAAAUAAAAGAAAGUUUGGGAAUCAAGUGACCUCAUGAUUUAUGGUGCUACUGCAUGAUCUAGAAUGUACAAAAUAAGAAAGAAAAAAAAAGCCACCGUUUCCCACGUCCCCCACAGUUCCAGGCCUCGGAGUAUUUUUUCCGCCUCAUCAUCCCUCCCAAAUUAAGUGAUGUAAAUUUUGAUGGGAAGAUUGCUUCCUUCUCACAAAUUCCCUAGAGUGAAACUGGACACGGCUGAGCAGUGUCUUUACUAUACCAACUCACAAGACUCUGCACAUCCCCAAGCCCUAUACAUUUGUGUACCACAACUCUGGGUCACAACCAUGUGUGUGUUAUUCUAAGACUUGCAUGCAGAGUAAAAAUUUCUGUGGCUCUUAUGAAAAUUAAGCAUAAGCCACCAACCCACCUUUCUUAUUUUAGACAGCAGAGCUGAUUCUCUCUGAGGCACAUAACUGGGCUUGUAUCAGAAUUAACUCCCUGCCUGGUGGUUUCUGCUCAUUUCCUCUUUCUGACAUGCAGCCUUUAGUUCUGUGCCGUCAAAGAAGAUUAAUCUCUGUAUAUACAGAGUUUGAGCACUGCCCUACCAAUCCAGUCAGACCAGGGUGCAGCCCAUCCUAAGUUUACUUAUGCUUCAGUCUGUCAUCUCCUUCCUUAAUUAUGUCUGCACUGGCCGCACAGAUCCUCACUGAAUUGUAAGCUUGGACUGAAGCACUGUGAGAGCAAAAGAUGCCUGAGAUCAAACAAAGAGGGCAUUGAGCUGCCAACAGUUAUGCAAAAACACUCUAAUUGAUUUUUUCAAAUGUGGAAGGAGGGGAGGGAGGUGACUGAAGCUGUUAUAGCCUAGAACACAUUGGCUGGUGACUUAUAUCAUCCUAAACUUGAGUAGAUUUCUUACUUUUUUGUAAGUUAUAUAAGAAAAUUGGUCAUUGUGUUCUGUCCCUCUUCUUUCUGCCACAGCAUCCAAGCUGCUCUCACACAAUUGGGGUCUCCACUUCCUUUGGAAAGUCAUCCCCAUUUGUGGUAACAGCACCUCUUGCCAAAGUGCCCCCAGCCACCUUUAGUGCUAGAGCUUCUUCCUACAUGGCUGUGUCCCUCAGGCUCAUGCCGAUGAGUUUUUAUUGUCUGUCGGUGUGUCCUCCUGUUCAACUGUCUAAUUAUGAUAUACUGUACUGUACUUGGAGUGUCUCUGCGCCCUGCCAGAAACUCGUUUUGUCUAGCCUUCUAGUGUGGGGUUGGGUGAUUUUUGUAAUGAUGGGGUAAAGGCAUAUUGAAUCUUCUUCCAUUGCACAUUUGAAUAUUAUUGGGAAAUUCAUCAUUGUAACUGCUUUAAUAAACAAACGUAAAUAUCUUCUUGGA